UUCCCCCUUCUCCGUGGAUUCGAACGGUUUCAGAGGAGCGAAUCGGAUUUUCCGGCGACGAAAUCGGAGUCUCAUUUCUCCGUCGGAAUCUGGCCUUUGUAUCGGCUUUUGGCGCGUAUCGGCCCGCCGGAGGUCCGGCUCUCUCCGAUCCCCCGACCCCGUUCGUUUCUGACCACACCCGUCCCCAUGCCUCCGAUUUCUUGACAGCCAAAGAGAACGAUCACCGAUCGGUCGUUGUUCUUCUUGAUUCCCGUUUCGAUCAAACCAAACGGCGACGGUUAGCAUCUCGGACGAUGACGUCGAGACAUCGCCGGAUUUGAGCCGCCAGGAUCGGAUCGGAUCGGACGGCAGGAAGGAUGGCGAGGAAGAAGGCCCACCGCUCUCCGCCCCCGGCUCAACCGGAGACCGGGUGCCGGGUGGGGAUCGCUGCCGUCCCCGCGGCGGUAACGCCGGCCCUCCGGCAGCCGGUGAUCCUCAAGGAGCCGGCGAAGCCAUCGGCAAGGCUGGCAGAGGUCGCCGGCGGGACGGCGGCGGGGUGCGCGGCGGUGUGCUGCUGCUGCCCCUGCGGGCUGUUGAACCUCCUGGUGUUCACGGUGGUGCGGCUGCCGGCGGGGCUCUGCCAGAGGGCGCUGAAGGCGAGGGCGAAGCGGCGGGCCGUGAUCAAGAGGCGUAAGGCAGGGAAGCUCGGCCUGAAUUCUGCCGGAGGGGAGGCGGAGGAGGAGGAGGGGUUGGGGCUCCACGGGGCAGUGGUGGCGGUGGCGGUGGCGGGGGAGGCGUGGCCGGCGAAGCCGCCUUCGGAGGAGGUGACGGAGAUGGAGAAGGAGAUGUGGGCCAAGUUCUACAGCGCGGGCUUUUGGCGGAGCCCGUCCCAAAGAGAAGAGGAGGAGGAACGGCAAGACCGUUACGGUAACGGCAUCGGUGACGGUCUCUCUCCGUCUCUGAUUCUCCACAGUAAAAGUUAAAAGGCGGUGUCUUUCUUUUGCUUGCUCCCUCUUUUCUCUUGUUUUUAGCUUCCUGGAGCUUGGAUUUUUACUGUUCGGCUCGUGACUGCUGCAUUUCGGAGAGAAACGGUUCGACUUCGUGGAGGUGAUGAUGGUGAUGGCAGUCGGCUCUGGCUGUGCAGAUCAAGCUGGAGACUUCUUACAAAUUUCUUCCAAGAAAAAGUUGGAAAACGCCAUCCAGUGACAGGCUUGAUUCGCAGCCGGCCGAGAAGUCUCCAGAAAUCAGGAAUAAAAAGAGAUUGGUUCUGGCUAGGAGUGGGGUUGAGGGUCUACAUCAGUUGUGAUCACCAGUUCGUUUCCUGAAUUUAUUUGGGCAGGACUUUUCCUGAAGGGUUUAGAAAAACCACAUCCAUGUGUUUGUGUAAAAAAGUUUGUUUUGUGAUGAAAUCAUGGUUGGUAUAAAUCAUUUCAUCUGUCUGUGUCAGCUGAAGCCCUUUCAUAUGUCAGGGAACCCUUGUGAAACAGUUUGCUAGUGUUGAAAUCUUAAAGAAUAGAGAGAGAGACUAAGCUAUAUUCAAGUGGAUCUCUAUUUAAAUUCAAUCAAAUUUAGAUUAAAUGAUAAAAGUUC